AACGGUCCUGGUUUCCACGGUGACGGUGAAGGUGGAGCCUCCGUGCAGGAGAUGCUGAUCCCGGCCAGCAAGGUGGGGCUGGUGAUUGGCCGAGGGGGCGACACCAUCAAACAGCUGCAGGAGCGAGCAGGUGUGAAGAUGAUGAUGAUCCAAGACGGUCCGAUGCCGACGGGGGCCGACAAACCUCUCCGCAUCUCCGGAGACCCGUACAAAGUACAGGCGGCGAGGGAGUUGGUGUUGGAGGUGAUCCGGGAGAAGGACGGAGACUUCAGGUCGGGACGCAACGACUUCAGCGCCCGCCUGGGAGGCGCCAGCCUGGACGUUCCGGUUCCACGGUUUGCCGUCGGCAUCGUGAUCGGCAGGAACGGAGAAAUGAUCAAGAAGAUCCAGAACGACGCCGGAGUCCGGAUCCAGUUCAAAGCAGAUGAUGGCAUCAGUCCGGAGCGUGUCGCCAUGGUGA